CUGACUGGUGCGAGCUUGUCAAGUGGAGAGGGUACAGACGCUGUGCUGUCAGAGAGCCUUCAGUUCUCAACGGAGUCUCAACAGAGGGAUCUCUUCGUCUUAUCGGCUAAAUAAUAUAAAAAAAAAAAAAGGGAGUCAAUCUAUUGUCUAGGAUAAGUGAGCGCUCUUAUCUCCUUGUUCUCCUCAUGACUUCUCCUUUUGAUGAGCACCGUCCUGCUUAGGAAGAAGCAGGUGAUCUGCACAACAAGGGCCCUCGGGAAACAAUUGCAAUAUCUUGCACAAUAUCUCGCUCUUGUUGUGACUGUGCACAUCUGCAAUCGUGUGAGCAUUUCAGCGUGUGUGCGUGCGUGAAGAGGCUAAUGCCCGCGGAAGUGUGGUCAGGGCCAGAGGAGGAUGAGUCCGGCUAUCGAGGCUCAGGCCCAAGAAGCCAAGGAUGCAGAGAACCAGAAGCAGCAGCAGCAGCAACAACAGCAACAACAUCCGCAGUGCUACUUGGAGAAAGGGGUGAUACUUGAGCCCUUCGUACACCAAGUGGGGGGGCAUUCGUGCGUCCUGCGUUUUGGAGAGCAGACCAUCUGCAAGCCGCUCAUCCCACGCGAGCAUCAGUUCUACAAGAGCCUGCCCGCUCAGAUGAGAAGGUUCACCCCGCAGUAUCGAGGUGUGGUGUCGGUGAGUUUCGAGGAGGAUGAAGAAGGAAACCUGUGCCUCAUCGCCUACCCCCUCCACAGCGACCCGGCGGCCGACCUGGAGAACAAGGACCCCUCGGCUGACAGUGAACCCAAGAGCAAGAUGCUGAAGUGGAGCAAAAUGAUGACAUCUUCGCCUCUAGUGGAGAGCGAUAACCUCAGCAAAGAUGGACGAAGUCGCCACUCGCGCAAAGAUAAGAGUGCUCACAAGCUGCUGGAGGAUGUGGAGCUGGAGUGGCUGCAGCAAGCCGAAGUGCUGUACUACCGCCUGGAGGAGCACAGUCAUAGCAAUGCCGUCCCGCAGCUCAAACACAACCCUUGGAGCCUCAAGUGUCACCAGCAGCAUCUGCAGAGGAUGAAGGAGAACGCCAAGCACCGCAAUCAAUACAAAUUCAUCCUGCUGGAGAACCUAACCUGGCGGCACACAGUGCCGUGUGUGUUGGACCUGAAAAUGGGCACUCGGCAACACGGAGACGACGCCUCGGAGGAGAAGAAGGCUGUCCAGAUCCGAAAGUGCCAGCAGAGCACGUCGGCAUCAAUAGGAGUCCGACUGUGUGGCAUGCAGGUGUAUCAUUCUGAUACAGGCCAGCUGAUGUUCAUGAACAAGUACCACGGACGCAAACUCGCCCUGGCAGACUUUAAGGAAGCUUUGCUCCAGUUCUUCCACAGCGGACGCCGCCUGCGACAGGAACUCCUCUCUCCGGUGCUGCGCCGGCUCCGAGACAUGCAAGCUGCUCUGGAGGCCUGCGAAUCCUACCGCUUCUACUCCAGCUCCCUGCUCAUCAUCUACGACGGGGCGCCACACCGCAAACACAAACGCAGACGCACCGAGAGCGGCCUCUCCGAAGAAGAAGAAGAAGAGGAAUACGAAGAAGAUGAGGAGGCGGAACCCGAACCAGAAAUGGAAGAAGAAGACGAAGUAGGGGAUGCGGCAGGUGCACUUGAUUUCCCCCGCUGCGCCUCCACACCGGGUGAUGACAGCAGCAACGGCGGGGGGAGCUGCCUGUCCCGUUCGGGCCCUCGUAGCCCAGCGGUGGACGUCAGGAUGAUAGACUUCGCCCACACCACCUGCAGACAUUACUGUGAGGACAGUGUGGUCCACGAGGGGCAGGACAGCGGAUACAUCUUUGGCCUCCAGAACCUCAUCACCAUCAUCUCCGAGCUGGAGGACCACCGCUCAGGCUAGACUCUCAACAAGUACACAACACAACACAACAACACUACGUUAUGUCUGACGCGUUUUUUUGUUGGUGCUUUGCAAGGUUUUUGUCCUGUCGUAUUAUUUUUUUAGGUUUAAAACUGUCACUUUUAACAAGACUACAAGGAAAAGGGUCGCUUGCAAAAGAGUAGUUCAAGAACUGCUUUUCAUUUCCAAAGAAAUUGCACACAUAAACUGUACAUGCACUUAAACACAUUCAGCCGGGUGAGCGUGUGUGUGUGUGGGGGGGGUGAACUUAUCCGAUUUGAGAGACGUAUAAAUAAGCAUUUUUACUUCCAGAGACUAUAUUCAUACAAGGCUAGAGAUGUAUUUAUUUAUUAGACGCGAGUCUAAGUCAAGUAAACUAGAGGGAGAGCGCUACAUUCCAUGUUAUUACAAUAAUGAUAUUCAUUAAUGUUCUUAUAUGAUGUUUGGAUACCUCUAUCUGGUAUAUAUCUGUUUUGUCUGCAGUUUCAUGGGGGAAGAAUUAAACUUUGGUUUGUGUUAACGUC